AUGCAAUCUAAUAUCAUUGUCCGGUUUACUAUGGCUGUGUGUCUUAUCUUUCUACUAUUCACUACUGUUCUUUCUGAAUCUAGUCUAUCUGAUUCAAAAGCAAAAUCUAACAUUCGUGUAGUUCGAUCAGCAUUCAGUGAACCAGAUGAUGAUCUUAGCAGAUUUUGUCAUUAUCUUUGUACGAAUAAUCAAUUCUUGGCAAAAAGAGCUUAUUUAAAAGGUUUUGUUCAUGGUCGAUCACCGAACGAAGAUGCCGAGCAACAGAAUAACGAUGAUGAUCUUCUCGAAGAACGCUUUGUUCAUGGCAAACGUUUUGUUCAUGGUUAA